AUGCUUGAGUCCAACUCUAAUCUGAACAUCGACGAGAUCAACACUGGCACAGCGAUUGAUGUCAUGGAUGGUCAGGUCAACCUGCUCAAAGACCAUACGAGACAGUCUCCUGAGGCUUUAACUGCUUUCAAGAAACUGCUAUCUAAAGUUAUUGACUUACUACGCGAGAUAAGGGAAGCUCGAGAUCUAGCUGAGCCUCCUAAGAGUCCCGAAUGGGUCGAAGCGGUAUGGGAGAAUUUUAAUAAGGCCGUGGACGAGCAUGCUUCUGAAUCGGAAGACACUGAUGGCAUAAGGGAUCUUUACAAUAACUUAAUGAAUCGAUUUAUUUUGGAGGACCAAGAGAGAUGCAUGAUUUCAAAAAGAUAUGAUCCCAGGCGGUCCCUUAAGGUCCUGGUAGUUGUGGAGGAUCUCACACGUGGAUGA